AUGGCUGGAGGUCCCGUUCCCGUGUGGAAAAAAUACACAACCGGCUCUCGCGGUAUCUGGGAGACCGUGAGACGUGUGCUCGCGUUGGUACCCAAUAGAUCUUCUGGUAACCCCAUACCUUCACUUUACAGAAAACUGCCGCCAGGUGACAGAAUCAAGGAAGCCCAAAAUUACGAAGACCCAAUUACCAUUCCUGCUGGAGACAUCAAGGGCAACCCAUACUACAAGCGUGAUUUCAGAAGAAACUAUCCCCAAGUAAAUGCAUUCAAUCAGACAAAAGUGGCUGGUUUAUUACUGCUCGGCUCGGUUGAAAACCCACGAGUGUCCGUUGGAGAAAAGGGAACCAAGGAGUUGUCGGUGUUCAUUGAUCCUUCCCAAGAUGUCAGUUUGGCCACGUCACUCUCUGGAGUCCCUCAGAGUGUUAUUAGAGGAGAACUUUUGGGCAAACAAGGCGAGCCAAUUGUAGCCCCAUCUAUGAACAAGUUCAAAUGGACCAUCCUUCAGGAGCCCGAGCACGGAAUGUACACCGAAAACUACCCAUGUCGGAUGUUCACGAACGCCAAGCCAUAA